GAGUGAAUUCACAGCUUGCUUCCUCUACAGUUAAGGACGUUGCUAAAGAAGGCUAAACUAGUCAACCUGUCGGGUGCUUAAAAGCACAUCUAUCUUUUUUUAUUCGUGUCAUCGCUUGUAGUGACUUUCAUCCCAGAGCAUGAAUAGCAUAAAGAUGCAGGAUGUCCCUCAGCUUAGUAAUGAGAUGCAGCUGAAAAUUAUGCACAUGGUGAAGAGUGGAGAGCUGAGCAUCGAUGAUGCUCUGGACCAGGCCAGAAGAGACAAACUGCAGCUGCUCCAGAGGAACUUUGAUUUAGAGGAAAAACAAGCCUCGCAGUACAACUUCAGUGUGCACAAAUUUAAUUCUUACAGAUGGCAAAAAAGGGUACUCCAGAUCGAUUUCAGCACAAAGAUGGUUUGCAGUAUUGAGAAAGGCAUUGUGAAGAGACAGUUUCUUUUUGAGGAAAUAAAAAACUGCCAUGAUGCUGCAGGGACCAGGUUCACAGUGUUGUUCAAGGACCACCAUGAAUACGAGCUGGAGGCUAUGUCUCCACAGGACAAGCAAAAAAUGCUGGAACUAGUAAAUCAGAUUAUCUACAGGAAUAUCCAACCUCCAGAUGUUUAUGAGAAGCCUGAAGAGCCACCAGCGUCCCAGAAAAGGCUUCAUGAGGGCCAGCUGCUUCUGCAGCGAGGAGGGCUAGCAUCGUUCAAAUGGAAGAAGUAUGAGGCACAUCUUUAUACAGGACACCUGACCCUGCUCUCGACAGGGCAUUGCCAGUAUGAGGAUGAGGCAGAUGUCCCCAUGUCCUCCAACCUGCCAAUCAUCAUUCACUUCUCCGAUGGCAAUGCCAGUGUAGAGAGCAACUGCACCUGUGACUCUCUGUUUAUGCUUCUCACUAACAAUAAUGAGUACCAUUUCCGGAUUCCAGUAGAUGGACAGAUGAGUACAGAGGUCAUUAGGAGUGAAAGGGAUGCCUGGGUUAAAGCUAUUAACAAGUUAUGCAUGGACUGGAAACAUAAAUCUCAGUCUGAGCAUGUGUAUGAAGAACUCACAGAAUCUUCCAAGAUUGCAGAAACCAGUAAAGAGUGUCAGUCUGAAGGGGAGAGAGAAAGAGAGACUGACAGGAUGCAGAACAAUCAGGAGUCUGUUUUAGUGCCACCGCUGCCAAGACCUCGUUUAUACGCUGCAAAAAGUGUCCCUCUUCUAUUGCCGGAGCCAGUGCUCGAACCGGUGUGCCUUCCUGCCCUGGGGCCAGAGCAGGUGCCUGAGUUAAAGCUACCAUCCACAUCAGUGAAAAAUCCAGAGGCAGAGCCAGUACCACAACUUGCAACCGUGACACUACCAGUGCCUACUUCAGCCUCGACUCCUGCUCCUCCCAUGCCACCUCCCCUGCCCAAGAAGAGCAAGCCAAAAACACUGACAGAGAGAACCAAGGCCUUUCACUGGGAUGUCAUUGUGCAAGACAAGAUUGCGAAGUCAUUGUGGGCGCGGGGAAGUCCUCGAGAAAUUGAAAUCGACACAUCACGUCUGUAUGAGCAAUUUGGAGUCAAAGACUUGGGGCACUUUUCUAGCGCAGAGUCCAGUAAUCAUGCUGAAAUCCUGCUGAAUGCGAAAAUCGCACACAACUUCAAUAUUUUCCUCAAAAGUUUUCCAGUGCAGCCUAAAGAGCUCAAGGACAAAUUGUUCAUUGUUGAUGAGCGGGAAGGCGGCCUCUCUGAUGAACACAUUGCUUCUCUCAGGAGGUAUGUGCCCACUCCAGAUGAUAUAGAGAUGUACAAGUCCUAUAAAGGAGAUGUGAGUGAACUGCACAUGGUUGAUCAAUACAUGAUGGCGUUGUGCAACAUCCCUUACCUGAGCACUCGACUGGACCUUCUGCUAACUCUCAGAGAACUGCCCAUCAGCAUUGAAGACCUGACACCGCUGAUUAACCAGAAGAUUGUCAUGUGUCGUCAGCUGUGGGGCUGCGAAUCGUUCGUGUCCGUGCUUGAGUACCUGCUGACCAUCGGCAAUUACCUCAACCAGCAUGCAGGCAAAGAAAAGGCCAAGGGAUUCCGUCUCUCAUCCUUAACGAAGCUCUCGCAAUUGCGUGGGAAUGAGAAGAAGUUCACCUUGCUGCAUGCCCUUGUGGAGCAGAUCAUGUUGCAUGAGCCCCGUUUGGCCACGUUUUUCCAGGAGUUGACGGAAUUUGAGACAGUCCCUGGGGCAUCAAUUAAAGGCCUUACAGCUGAGGUGGAUGUUGUGAAGAAUGAGCUACAGAAGGUCAUUCAGUACAGGAAAACAUACAAGUGGAAAAACUUAGGCACCCAGCACUCCAAAUUCUCGAAAGACUUAAAGAUGGCCAUCGAGAAGUAUGAGGCUGAUCUCAGCCAGCUGACGAAGAGGUGCACUGAGAUGAGGAAACUCUACGCUGACAUAUUGGUGAAAUUUGGAGAGCCCUUGGAUCAGGAUUCUCAAGAAGUGUUUGGCUGGGUUUGCCAGUUUAUCAACGAAUUCAAAAGGGUCCAGGCAGAGUUCACAUGUUGAGACUUGCCACCACCGGUGUGUCUGUUGGUGUGUGUGUGUGUGUGUGUGUGUGUGUGUGUGUGUGUGUGUGUGUGUGUGUGAAUGAGUGUGUGCUUUUGUGUAUGACUAAGAAGCCUGACCUGGCCUCUCAAGCAUAUCAGAGAAGGCGUGUCGAUCCAAAGACCAUUUGAAUGUCACUCUAAACUGAAGAGCAAGGUUUUCGGUGAGCAUCCUAAUCCAAGGGUUUAGUGAAGGAUUUGCUGGAUCUAUCGUCGAUCCGGUGUUUACUUUGAUUAAAAGUCUUGGGCAGAUUUACUGAAAGCUGAAAGCAGCUCUCUCAUUCCAGUCCAUAACAAAGAGCACUGCUGGAUGCACUGCUAGCUCAGGAGAAACUGCUCGGUUGGAAGCUGAUAUAGAUCAGCUGUUACUUUUUUGGAGAGCUCUUUCAAUGGAAGUUACUGGGCUGGAGAUGACUAACGGGGGCUGCCAAGCUACCAGCGGGCAAACAGCUGCCCAAGAAGGAGGGAGGGCAGCAGUGGCCAGAGCCAGCUGAACCCCAUACACACGUUUCUCCAGACACUCCAACAUGAAAACUUCACUGGACUGCUAUUGUUCCUCCCCUUCAUUUAAAUUAGCUUUGCAGAUAAGCCAUGCUUUAGAUUGAUUUUUUCUCUGUGACUUGAGGGAGCACGGGGCUCUAUGUGUCUUACAUUUUAAGCAGCUGUCAAGAGGCAGACAGAUGUGUCCUUGAUUUUAAAAAGCUAAAUAUUUUGGGAUAAUGGAAGUCUAGGCAGCUCAUUGCCCACAUGUGCCACACAGGAGUAUUUCAAAUAAAUCGAUUGCCAUUGAAAACAUAAGCACUGCAGCAUACAUGGGAACAGGUCAGAGAUAAUAAAAAAGAUGUGUUUGGUAAAUCAAAGUGAGAAAGGAAACCUAGAAAAGUUUGAUUUUAGGCAAUGUGCACAGUACAGUGAAACAAUAAAACUGAACUGAUUAAAUUGAUAUAAUGUUUUUAUUGCAUAUGUCUCUGGGAUGUCAGCAGGCCCUGGAGGAGUUUUAUAAUACUCAAAUCAUCAUCUCUGUCUGGCAGACAAAAAUCCCUCCUUUCUGCACUGUAGAUGUGCAAGCUGUAAUGUCACAAUAACACGGCAGAAAGUGAAACUUGAAAUGAUCCAAUAAGCAAUGGAAUUUUGGGCAAUUUAACUAGGGUGUAUCUGAACCCAGACUCUGAGAACAGAGGAGAGGAUAUGGAGAAAAGGUUAGCACUACUUGUCUUGUCCGUAGACACCUCAAAAAAACCAAGAAACAUAAUACAGACAUAUUUGA